AUGAACAGCAGUGGACCAGCAUAUCCCCUCGCCUCUUUGUAUGUAGGGGACCUGCACCCUGAUGUUACAGAGGCCAUGCUCUAUCAGAAAUUUUCUCCUGCUGGACCCAUCAUGUCAAUUCGUGUGUGCCGAGACAUCAUCACCCGCAGAUCUCUUGGAUAUGCCUACAUAAACUUCCAGCAACCAGCUGAUGCGGAGUGUGCCCUGGAUACAAUGAACUAUGACGUUAUCAAGGGACGGCCAAUCCGAAUAAUGUGGUCUCAGCGUGACCCAGGACUCAGGAAGUCUGGUGUGGGUAACAUCUUCAUCAAGAACAUGGAUGAUUCUAUUGACAACAAGGCACUGUACGAUACCUUCUCAGCCUUCGGCAAUAUUUUGUCCUGCAAGGUUGUUUGUGAUGACAAAGGAUCCAGAGGAUAUGGCUUUGUUCACUUUGAGACUCAGGAGGCAGCAAACCGGGCCAUUGAAACCAUGAAUGGCAUGCUGCUGAAUGACAGGAAAGUUUUUGUUGGCCACUUUAAGUCUCGCAAGGAAAGAGAGGUGGAGUUUGGCACCAAAGCUAUGAAGUUCACCAACGUCUACAUCAAGAACUUUGGUGAAGACUACAGUGAUGAGAAACUCAAGGAAGUCUUUUCUGCAUUUGGGAGGACUCUCAGUGUGCGGGUGAUGAGGGACGAGAGGGGGCAUUCACGAGGAUUUGGCUUUGUAAACUAUGCUAACCAUGAGGAUGCUCAGAAGGCAGUUGAUGAAAUGAAUGGAAAGGAGAUCAAUGGGAAAAUCAUCUACGUCGGACGGGCUCAGAAACGUCUGGAACGCCAGGGAGAGCUCAAACGCAAGUUUGACCAGAUCAAACAAGACCGCAUCCAGCGCUAUCAGGGGGUGAAUCUCUAUGUGAAGAACUUGGAUGAUAGCAUAGAUGAUGAGAGACUCCGGAAGGAGUUUGCUCCUUAUGGCACCAUCACCAGUGCCAAGGUGAUGACAGACGGCUCUCAAAGCAAGGGCUUUGGCUUUGUCUGUUUCUCUUCACCUGAGGAAGCAACAAAAGCAGUAACGGAAAUGAACGGGAGAAUUAUUGCAACCAAGCCGCUGUAUGUGGCUCUGGCUCAGCGGAGGGAGGAGCGUAAAGCAAUCCUUACUAACAAGUACAUGCAGAGACUUGCUACCCUGAGGACCAUGACAAGUCCGAUCAUCGACUCGUACCAGCAGGCCGGAUACUACAUGACUGUACCGCAGCCUCCCACUCGCUCCUUCUACAACCACAAUGCUGUCAGCAACAUGAGGCCAGCACCUCGUUGGACAGGACAGCCUCCGAGACCACAGGGCCCCUACUCAACCCAGUUUAUUGGUAAUUCUGUUCCCCGACGUGGAUCGACAGCAAUUGCUACAGUUAGACAGGCUUCCACCCAGGCUCCACAUAUUGUCAGCUCUACACACAAGACAAAUAACAUUGGGACCCAGACUGUAGGAGGACGUACAGACAUGCCUGGUGUGACCAGAAGCAGCCAGUAUAAGUACUCGUCUGCAGUGAGGAACCCUCAGCACGUCGUUACUGUACCUGCACCCUUGACAAGACUACAGGUUAUUCCUGCACCAGUGAUGGAGCCACCAGUGCACAUUCAAGGCCCAGAGCCGCUCACUGCCUCGAUGCUGGCUGCAGCUCCACUCAUGGACCAGAAACAGCUUCUUGGUGAGCGAUUGUACCCAAUGAUCCAUGCCCAUCACCCAAACUUGGCUGGAAAAAUCACUGGGAUGCUCCUGGAGAUUGACAACUCAGAGCUGCUGCACAUGCUGGAGUCGCCCGAGUCUCUGCACUCCAAGGUGGACGAGGCGAUUGCUGUCCUGCAGGCCCAUCAGGCGAAGGAAUGCUCUCCUAAGAAGUGA